GGAUUUGAAAGGCGGGGCUGUUGGACGUCCAACUCUGCCUUCUUCUCGCAGGCUGCUGCCUCCUUAAAUCUCUGGAUUUUGUUGGGACAGUUUCCUGCAACAGGCGGGGCCGAACUGUUGUUUGCAACAUGUCGAAAGAGGACAGACAGUUGAGUUUAGAUAGCUACUCUCACAUAACUUAACAGCUCAGUUAACAGCGUGCUAGCCUAAAAGACCCAAUUUGUCAGUAGGAUUCGUGGAUGUCUUCGGGGCUUGUUUAUGGGUGUGUCGGAGAGAUUUGAAGUUUCAUCACGUUUUUCCAACCCAUUUUCGUCAAGCAAGGCCGUAGUGGAACCGUUGGCAGCCAUCUUUGGACCAGCCUGGGAGUGGGACCUGACGACUGAGACACCCCAGUUACUUUAAGGGUGGGGAUUACAACAUUUGGAGCUGUCUUGUCGGAGUAAAGCAAACAUAUGACAGCGACAUUAGCUUUGAAGUCAUAUGAAACCACUGUUCCGCCGAUGAUCCACAGACGAAGGCUUUUGCGUCGCCGUCGCAGACCCAGAUAGUUCCCGGCGGCAGUGGCACUGCCCCCCCCAACUCCCCACAAUGCCCAACAGUAGUCGGGCGGGGUGUCUAAAGGACCCCGACGUUGCGGAACUCUUUUUCAAAGAGGAUCCGGAAAAGCUCUUUACAGAUCUGCAAGAGAUAGGCCAUGGCAGCUUUGGUGCUGUAUAUUUUGCACGGGAUGUGCGGACAAAUGACGUGGUGGCCAUCAAGAAGAUGUCUUACCUUGGGAAGCAGUCCACGGAGAAAUGGCAAGACAUAAUUAAGGAAGUGAAAUUCCUGCGGAGGAUAAAACACCCAAACAGCAUAGAGUAUAAAGGAUGCUUCCUUCGAGAGACUACAGCGUGGCUGGUUAUGGAGUAUUGUUUAGGAUCUGCUUCUGAUUUGUUAGAAGUUCACAAGAAACCUCUGCAAGAAGUUGAAAUAGCUGCAAUUACCGAUGGUGCUCUGCAAGGUUUGGCUUACCUUCACUCCCACAACAUGAUACACCGCGACAUCAAGGCAGGAAACAUCUUGUUAACAGAGCCGGGUCAAGUAAAGCUUGCCGACUUUGGGUCUGCCUCAAUUGCCUGUCCUGCAAAUUCCUUUGUUGGAACUCCUUAUUGGAUGGCCCCAGAGGUCAUUUUAGCCAUGGAUGAGGGUCAGUAUGAUGGAAAGGUGGACAUUUGGUCUUUGGGAAUUACCUGCAUUGAAUUAGCUGAAAGAAAGCCUCCACUGUUCAACAUGAAUGCAAUGAGUGCCUUAUAUCAUAUAGCACAGAAUGAGAGUCCAACGCUGCAGUCUACUGAAUGGACGGAUGACUUUGGAAAUUUUGUCGAGUCUUGCCUUCAGAAAAUUCCCCAAGAGAGACCAAACUCAGAGGAGCUUCUAAAGCAUUCAUUUGUCCAACGCAAACGACCAGAAUCUGUUCUGACAGACCUGAUCAAUCGCACCAAGGAUGCAGUUCGAGAACUAGACAAUCUGCAGUAUCGUAAACGGAAAAAGAUCUUGUUUCAGGAAGCCCACAAUGGGCCCACGACUGAGACGCAAGAUGAAGAGGAGGAGGGAGACCCCAGUUUGUGUAAGAUCGGCACAGUAAACAGCGUGGGAAGCAACCAGUCCAUCCCCAGUGUGUCAAUCAGUGCCAGUUCUCAAAGCAGCUCUGUCAACAGUCUGAACGAUGUAGGAGAUGACAAGAGUGAAGUUGGCAAAGACGAGAUAUCCAACAGUUCCGUCAUACAUAUGCCAGAUCCAGAAAAAUGUGAUAAACAGGCAGAGCCUCACCAACGACCAACAGAGCCAAACAAUCCUGAACAAACUACACAAAAACCGAAACGAACCGUGAACCGUGAACACUUUGCCACUAUACGCACAGCUUCAGUGCUCACUCGCCAGAUUAAGGAACAUGAGCAGGAUUCUGAGUUAAGACAGCAGAUGCUGGGCUACAAGCGCAUGAGGCGGCAGCAUCAGAAACAGCUGAUGGCUCUGGAGAACAAGCUGAAGGCUGAAAUAGACGAGCACAGGCUCCGUCUGGACAAAGAGCUGGAAAACCAAAGGAACAACUUUGCCCAGGAGAUGGACAAGCUGGUCAAGAAGCACCAGGCUUCCAUGGAUAAAGAAACAAAAACCUUUUGUAAUGACGAAAAGAAGUUCCAACAAAACAUCCAGAGUCAGCAGAAGAAAGAACUUAACAUCUUCAUCGAGACCCAGAAACGGGAGUACAAGCUUCGCAAGGAGCAACUCAAAGAGGAGCUAAAUGAACACCAGUCAACACCCAAGAAGAAGAAGCAGGAAUGGCUUUCCAAACAGAAGGAGAAUCUCCAGGUCUACCAAGCCGCAAAGGAGGCAGAGCUACAGCGCAGACAAAGGGAUUUCCUGGAGCAAGAAUGUCGCCGAUUCAACAAAAAGAAAUUGAUCGAACGUCACAAUAUUGAAAAAGACUUGCUACAAGAGGAGUUAAACAAGCGUCAGACUCAGAAAGACCUUGAACACGCCAUGCUUCUCCGGCACCACGAAUCCAUGCAAGAGCUGGAGUUUCGCCACCUAAACACCAUCCAGAAAACCAGAAGUGAGCUGACCCGUCUGCAACAUCAGACGGAGCUGCUCAACCAGCUGGAGUACAACAAGAAGAUGGAGCGGGAACUGAGACGUAAACACGCCAUGGAAGUACGCCAGCAACCCAAGUGCCUUAAGUCUAAAGAACAGCAGAUCAAGAAGCAAUUUCAGGACACAUGUAAGAUCCAGACCCGGCAGUACAAAGCACUAAGGAACCAUCUGCUGGAAACCACGCCAAAGUGCGAGCACAAGGCUGUUCUUGAGCGACUAAUGGUGGAGCAGCAGCGUAAACUGGCCAUCUUGGCCGAACAAUACGACCAGACCAUUUCUGAAAUGUUUUCCACCCAGACGCUUCGUCUGGAUGAGACUCAGGAGGCUCAGCGCCAAACUUUAAUAAUGCAGUUACAGAAGGAGCAGGAGCUCCUCAAUGCCUACCAGAGCAAGAUCAAGAUGCAGAUCGAGGCUCAUCAUGAGCGUGAGAAACGCCACCUGGAGGACAGAGUGGCACUGCGACGAGGCCUGCUGGAGCAAAAGAUUAAGGAGGAGAUGCACGCUUUCCAGAAGGAACACCAAGAGCGAACCAGAAGACUGCUAGAACGGCAAGCUCGACAAGUUGAGGCUUUUGAUUCUGAGAGCAUGCGUUUGGGCUUUAGCGGCAUGCUGCUUUCAAACAUCCAACCAGACGCUCUUAGCCACAGCUUUCCCGGGGCCUCAGGAGGUUCUACUCAACAUCUGCAAUUUCAGUCGUCCAGGAGCUCUGAAGGACUUCAGCGAAACAGCUGUUUUAGCAUAGGGUCAAACCACCAAUACAGUUUUCACUAUGAGAGGAUGCUGGAGUAGUUCUGGGUAAGUUUAGCAAGAGUUUCCCUUAAGGAAGCUUCAAUUAAAUUAUAGGUAUUUUCAGGUGCAAGGAAGUUAUUCAAAGUAAUUGACUUGACCAUGAGCGCAGGCUUGACGCCAUUUAACUGAACCCCUACUGAGAAGUGUUGGAGCCUGAAAGAAUUACACUAACAGUUGAAAAGGUCGUGGUUUAAACCUGAAAACCAGCAUGACUACAUCAAAUGCACACUUCUAUGAUGACAUCGUAGAAACGUAGAACUAAAUCAAUGCACACUAUUGAAAAAGGACAAACGCACCCAAGGUGGUGGGGUAUGUGGCAAAUGCACUUAUGACUUUUAAAAGCUCUAGCAGUUUUUCUCUAGAUCCUAUUUUUCUCAUAUUUUUUUCCACUCUGUUAUUAAAUCGAAUAACGGUAAACAAAAAAUAUAGACGAGCCAUUUCUGCUCUCAGAAGAUACUUUCCCUUGUGGACAGCAAAGAUGCAGUUUUAAAAGCUUAAUAUCAUUUUCCACUGAUAAUAAAAGGUGCAGGCUUCUCACCAUAGUGUUAAAUUACAGAGAGGAAAUUAUUACACAAACUGCUUUCCUAAAAGUAAGUCUAAAGCAUGUAACUCCUUCAUUUUGAAGAUGAUUUUAGUUUUCGUUUUGCGAACAGACAAAAUGCCUUGUAUCCUUUUUUUAUUUGUUGUGAUCACAUGGGAGUAUUUUUGCAGUUGACCAGCUGUGUCUUAGAUUUACAGAGUUUGUUCUCCCCUGUUGUGCACCUUUUUUAAGCUUUUGUUUUCAUUCCACUCUAAUUUUUCAGAUGUCUAUUUUCUAACCAUGUUCUGGGAUAUUAUCUGUUUAUUGGAAGAUAUGCAAGUGCCGAUGGGUUUCCUUAAGGUUUUAUUGUAUAUACAGAUGCCAUCAUAGCAGUUACAUUGUCCUUCAAAUGUCACUGCUACUGCUUAUUACAGAAAUGAAAGAAAAAGUUUAAAGCCGCUUUUAUUGUGGUGUGAUUAUUGGUUAUUGUAUAAUAUUUUAUAGAGAUAUUAUUGGAUUCCUACAAAAAAAUCAAAAUCCAAGACCAAGUUUUUAUAUCUCAGGCCAAUGAAACCUCUUAUAUGCCAACUUUCAGGCUUCUAUUGACCGUUUUGGUUCACUUUAAUUUUAUGAUUGUAAUACAUAGCCCAUUGUUUUUGUCUUUUACAUUUUUUUUUUACCUUGACUCCAACAUGUUUUUAAGUCUUUUCUUUUCAUGUUUUUUUUUUAUUUUUAUUUUAACUUGGGUGUCAGAUUCUGUUUUUCUACUGACUGAACGCAUGUGGGAUACCAAAUGCGAAUUGCCAACUGAAAAAUGUAAAUCUGUAUAUAAUCACUUUAUCAUACCAUUGUUGCCAAGCCCAGGCAGCACUGCAUUUGUCUAGUCUCCCAAGUUUACAAGUUUACGUUUGGACAAAUGACAGGAAAUGUAUGGUUCUGGUUUAGUAGCCAAAGUGAAAAUGCUUUAAAGAAGAAAAGAAAAAAAUAGAUGGUGUGACAGGCAAAUGAUAAGAUUGCAUUUCUUUGUAAAUGUCAGUAUUCUUUGGCACAUUAUUACCACUACAACACACAUAACCUGUAUUAAAAUGUAUAGAUGGUGGAUUUUAAUGAAUGUCAGCAAUUGUGAAUAUACUACAGAAAAGAUAGUAAAGUACUAAAAGUGGAUUUUAAUUUUGUAAAAAUGAAUAAAAAAACCGAUUGCAUUUAUUAUAUUGUUUUUAUUGUAUUUACCAUUGUGUUGGGAGAGGGACUUUAAAGAAUCUGUUGUAAUAAAGAAAUUUAGGAAUAUUUACUCUGUAGUUACCUUGUUCUUCUUAUCCCGGGACAAAGUAACCUUUGGUUGAAUGCUGGGUAAAAUAACCUGAGGCGAGGGCGGACCCAUAAAGUCAAUGGGCGGAGCCAAUCACGCCAUGAGUUGAAGCGUUGUUUGGCGUACACUGUAAAUAAAAGUGAACCGUGAUUUUCUUCUCUUUUUUUUUUUCUUUCGUGUGUGUUUUCCUAAAGAAAGUUAUGUAGCUUCAAGAUCGUUCGACCCGAUUUUUUGUUUGUGGUAUUGUCCUUGCAGAGCUACAUAAUGCUGUGUGAAGUACUUUUAUCAUCGCUUUGGUUCCUGUUUGUUAUCUUCUGGCUUGAGACAAUAAGCGUGUGGCUCUUUCUGUCCACAUUUUACCAGAACUGGGCCUUUUACCACCGGGGAGAUGGGGUACUUUUGGAUGAUCCUGGACAGACAACAUUUGCAAUGUUUAACAGAGCUAACAACCACGGAGAGCCAGAGAUCCGCACCUGAGUCGAAGAUCAAUCAAACAAUCAAGACAUCUAUUUUCAUUUAGUAUGUGACUGUACAGUUGUGACUGAAAGAAAUAUAAUAAAAGACAACUGCUGAUUCUGUUUAACUGAGGAAUGCACAAAUGACUAAAUAGGUGCAAUUUUUUUCAAUGUGGAAUCAGAAUUUUCUUCAUGUUUAGUUUUUUUUAAAGUUUCUGUGAUUUGUGUUUUGCUUCCACUUUUUUCCCAUUUACAAUUAUCAUUUUGGAGAAGCAGAAUGUUAUGCAAAAGAAAUGUUUCUGCUCAAAAUGAAAGGACAGGAUCUAUUUCAUCUUUUUUUUUUGCUCCAUUAUAAAAUCAGUUUAAUUUGGCACAUAAACUGCCUUUUUUGCAAACAGAGCUGUUAAUAUUUACAGCCAAAUGUCACCAUGAAGCCAAUGAGCUAUUUUUCAUAAAUAUCUGAUUUUUUUUUUUUUUGUAAUGUUAAAUCUGAUGUAGCACUGUGAUAUAUUUGCAAAAUGGAUCAAAAUAAACUGAACUGUUAAUCCAUA